AAGGCCGCGACCGCGACCGCGACGAGGCCAACCACCACCAAAACAUCCUCCGAGGAAGGAAGCCGCAGGCGGCCUCGCCCGGUCAGAAAACCCAAAGUAAAAGGAGGGGAGACCAAAGCGUCGUCGCCCGUUCCGUUCGCCGCCUCCCCCCGCCGCGCGACCCCUUGGGUCCGGCCGCCCUCCCCGACCCCCCCUUCCCCUCCGUCUGCCGCGCCGCCGCCCGCGAACCCGGGCCAUGGAGGCGCUGUGGAAGCAGGCCUCCAGGCUCAAGGAGCAGGUCGCCCGCCAGGGUGUGUUUAAGCAGUUUGGGGCUGGUGGAAAUUCUGAUAAUGCAUUCACAGACGAGUCAGAAGUUAAAUUACAUCAGAGAUUGGAAAAACUUUACUUAUCAACUCGUGCUGCCAAACAUUUUCAAAGGGACGUUGUUCGGGGUGUGGAGGGCUACAUAGUGACAGGAUCUAAGCAGAUUGAGAUAGGAAACAAAUUGUCUGAUGACAGCCAGAAAUAUGGCAGUGAAAACACAUGUACAAGUGGUAAUACUUUGUCCAGAGCUGCUACAUACUAUGGAAAGGCGCGUUCACUGAUAGAAAAGGAACGCGGGAACAUGCUGAAAGCAUUUGGUACUCAGGUGGCAGAGCCUCUACGGGCAAUGGUAAUGGGUGCCCCUCUAGAGGAUGCUAGACAUCUAGCCCAGAGAUAUGACAGAAUAAGGCAAGAAGCUGAUGCUCAGGUCGUUGAAGUUUCAAGGCGUCAAAGCAGAGUAAGAGAAUCUGCUGGGAAUAGCGACGUGAUAUCAAAGUUGGAAGCAGCCGAGUAUAAACUUGAAGAACUGAAGUCAAACAUGGUGGGAUUAGGAAAGGAAGCUGUUUCAGCUAUGGCCGCCGUAGAGGGGCAGCAGCAAAGAUUAACAUUACAACGCCUCAUAGCAAUGGUUGAGGCCGAGAGAACUUAUCAUCAGAAAGUCCUGGAGAUCCUUGACCAUUUGGAAGAAGAAAUGGUAUCUGAGCGCCAAAAAAUCGAAGCGCCUCCACCCCCUGCAGCAGAAAGUUAUACGUCACCGCCACCACCAUCAUAUGACGAAGUUAAUGGCAUGUUUGCCUCCACUUCUGCUGAUCAGGCAGUCAACUCUGUCGAUUUGUUCCUGGGAGAGGCCCUCGAUUCCUUCAAGGCUGAGAGUGAGUUUGAGCUAAACUUAUCAGUUGGUGACAUCGUUAUCGUCCGAAAGAUAUCAAGCAACGGCUGGGCCGAAGGUGAAUGCAAGGGAAAAGCAGGAUGGUUCCCACAUGCUUACGUCGAAAGGCGCGAGCGUGUUCUAGCGAGCAAAGUCCCGCAUAUUUUCUAGGGGUUUUGAGGAGGAACAUAGGUUAUAGGUGUUUGAUUUUAAUAGUUGAACAGUGUGCUUUCAGACUUCCACAGUAUUCAUGUGUAUAGAUUGAAUUUUCGCCCCGUGAGCCAGUUUUUGCGAGGAUGAUGUACAUCUGACAUUUCAGAACACCAAACUGGCGCCCUAAGCGAGCUCUGUGUUGUUGUUUGAAA